AUGGCACCUGGUUUGAGACUCUUGCUGGUUUGGGCCUGUGCCUGUGUCUUUCUACAGCUGGACGGUGCUGACGGAGAUUCUCAAUGUGCCUUCCCAUUCAAAUAUAAUGGCGUAACUUACUUUCAGUGCACUCUUCAGAACUCCUUCUUCCGGUGGUGUUCUCUAACUACGAAAUAUAACGGACAAUGGAAAUACUGUACAAAAGAAGACCAUGCCAAGUGUGUCUUUCCCUUUCAUUACAAGGGCAAAGAGUAUCAUGAAUGCACAUCUGUCGGGCUUAGUCCUGGGAAAUUGUGGUGCUCACUCAGUCCAGACUAUGACAAAGAUGGAGCCUGGAGGUUUUGUCCCGCGUCGGUGGACCGCGCCUAUGUCCACCGUGACCAAGCCCUGAAACCAGAGUGA